AUGGGUCGCCAGCAAACUCUAGGGAAAUUCUUUGACAUGCCAAGGGGAGUCAAACCAGCACCUCCGCAACAAGCCAGUUUGGCGGAGUUGUGGACAAGUCAGGGGAGGACAGGCGCGAAGGAAAAGGCAGUCAAGGGCUCGGAUGAUAAUAUGGAGGUCGACCAUCCGGAAAAGAGAGGCAUCAGCUCGACUGCAGGUGCCCGCCCCGCCCCUGAAGAGGGACCUACGAAACGCAAGAAGCGUCGGAUUUUGGAGUCUGACGAGGAGUCAGAGAGCAUACCUGCAACAUCUUCCUCCGGGCGACACAAACCAACUGCACGAAGAUUAUCCGCCGAGCAAACAGCGACACGCAAAUCCAGUGACAAAACCAAAUCUCCAUCUAGGACCGUGCAGGGUGCAGAAGACAUCGAUGGUGGCUCUGUAGAGGACGAGGGUGAAGAUGCCGUGGAUGAGGAUGAGAACGUAGCUGAAGAGAGCGCCCUCGCUGCCUUAUCCCGCAUCGAGGAAGUAGAUAUCAAAGGCGGGUGGAAGACAGGGGAUGCUGUACCAUAUGCCGCUCUGGCCAAGGCUUUUGCUCUCAUUGAAGCAACCACGAAACGGCUGGAGAAGACAUCAAUUCUCACUUCCUUUCUUCUCCUGGUUAUCCGGCGCAGCGCGCAAGGAGAUACCAAAAGUCUCCUGCAAACGGUCUACCUUUGCAUAAACCGAUUGAGCCCUGAUUACGUCGGCGUCGAACUCGGAAUCGGUGAAAGUUUGCUUGUCAAAGCAAUCAGCGAGUCGACCGGUCGCAGCCUUGCGGUCGUUAAGGCGGACCUGAAGAAGGAAGGUGACCUAGGGCUGGUUGCUCAGCACUCCAAGAACAGCCAGAAAACUCUGUUCAAACCUAAAGCACUUACCGUUCCUUACGUUUUCUCAAAUCUGCGUGAAAUCGCCCUCAGCACUGGUCACUCGAGCCAGCAGAAAAAAGUGUCUGUCAUCACGAAGUUGCUCGCAGCUUGUCAAGGAUCCGAAGCAAAAUAUAUCAUACGAAGCUUGGAAGGAAAAUUACGCAUUGGCAAUGCGGAGCGGACGGUACUGGUUGCUCUGGCUCACGCUGUCGUGCUUGCAGAGAAGGAGCGCGGGAGCAAGAAAUGGAGCGAAGAGAAGUUAACUGCUCGUUUGGAGGAAGGCGCGAACAUCAUCAAAUCCGUGUACAGUGAAUUACCCACGUAUGAUGCGGUCAUACCUGCUCUUCUUGAGCACGGUAUUGAUGGUUUGAAAGAACAUUGCAAGCUCACCCCAGGUGUACCAUUGAAGCCCAUGCUCGCCAAGCCAACCAAGGCUAUCGGAGAAGUCCUAGAUCGCUUUGAGAAUAAGCGCUUCACUUGUGAAUACAAAUACGAUGGCGAGCGUGCGCAGGUACAUCGCCUGGAAGACGGCUCGGUUCGCGUGUACAGCAGAAACUCGGAGGACAUGAGCAAGAAGUAUCCAGAUUUGGUAGAACAGCUUCCCCGCUGUAUCAAGGAAACGACAAAAUCAUUUGUUCUGGAUGCAGAGGCCGUGGCUAUCGACAAGACGACCAAGAAGCUCAUGCCGUUCCAGGAACUGAGUCGCCGGAAACGGAAGGACGUCAAGGUUGAAGACAUCCAAGUACGGGUUUGCCUGUUUGGAUUCGAUCUUCUCUAUUUGAAUGGCGAACCGCUACUUCGAAAGUCUUUGUCCGAGCGGCGCGGUUUACUGCGAGAACAUUUUCAUCCAGUUGACGGCGAAUUUCAAUUCGCGAAAUCGUCGGAUAGUCAGUCCACGGAGGAUAUCCAAUCCUUUCUGGAAGAAUCGGUCAAAGAUGGCUGUGAAGGCCUCAUGGUCAAGAUGCUUGAAACGGAAGCCAGUUUCUAUGAGCCCAGCAGACGCAGUGUUAAUUGGCUAAAGCUCAAGAAAGAUUAUCUUGCCGGUGUUGGCGAUUCCUUUGAUCUUGUUGUUGUGGGCGCAUACUAUGGCAAAGGCAAACGAACCAAUGUUUAUGGUGCUUUUCUCCUUGCAUGCUACGACGCGGACUCCGAAGAAUACCAGACGAUAUGCAAGAUCGGUACAGGAUUCUCUGAGGAUGCUCUACAGCAACAUUAUGAUACCUUGAAACCGCUGGAGCAAAGCAAACCGCGAGGGGACAUAAAGAUCGGAGGCGCCAAACCGGAUGUCUGGCUGGAGCCCAAGGUGGUGUGGGAAGUGCUGGCUGCGGACCUCAGCUUGAGUCCUAUAUACACCGCCGCUCAAGGUUUGGUGGAGGACCGCGGCGUGUCCUUACGAUUUCCUAGGUUCAUUCGUGUGAGAGACGACAAGGACGCCGAGGAUGCAACUGCGCCGGAGCAGAUCGCUGAGAUGUACGAGCGGCAAGCUCUUGCACAAGGAAACUCCGGUAAGAAGAAACGGAGUGGUGAUCCUGAUGAUGGGUUUUGGUGAUUGUAAUUUUAUGGGUAUUUCUAUACUAUCAUCGAACCAGUGUUCCUAUCGGUACCCCGCGUCCUAUUCUGACCAUUUUGAUUCUCAACGCGUCCACACCCCACCUUAAAUCACCAGAAAAUGCUCCUUUAGUAGCUAUUUGUACCAUACAUACCCCU